CUUUGGAUUAAUCUAACAUACAUCGUCUUGGACAUCUUCUAGGAAAAUGAAAUUCUUUGUCAUUGCCUUUGCUGUGAUCGCAGCUGCUUCGGCGGCCUCCAUUGCCACGGAUUACCUGCCGCCGGUGGACAACAACCUCGAAGCUGCCUCCGAGCUGGUCGAGCUGCCCGCUGCCGAGCAGGGUCUCCUCGCCGAUGAUGGCUACCGCUACAAGACCGUCCGCCGCCUCAAGCUGCGCCACCGUCGUGACGUCAACGAGCUGCCCACCGCCGAAUAUCUGCCCCCUGUGGAGGGGGCUUCCGAAUCGGUUGCCAUCGAGACUCCCCUGGCCGAUGAUGGUUACCGUUACAAGACCAUUCGUCGUGUCAUCCGUCGCCGUCGUGACGUGAACGAGCUCCCCACUGCCGAAUACCUGCCCCCUGUGGAGGAGGCUUCCGAAUCGGUUGCCGUCGAGACUCCCCUUGCUGAUGAUGGUUACCGCUACAAGACCGUCCGCCGCGUCAUCCGUCGUCGUCGUGAUGUCAACGAGCUGCCCACUGCUGAGUACCUGCCCCCCGUUGAGGAAGCUUCCGAGGCCGUCGCCGUCGAGACUCCCCUUGCUGAUGACGGAUACCGUUACAAGACUGUCCGUCGUGUCAUCCGUCGCCGUCGUGACGUGAACGAGUUGUCUGCCGAGUACCUGCCCCUUGAGGAGGCCUCUGAGGCUGUUGCUGUUGAGACUCCCCUUGCCGAUGAUGGUUACCGUUACAAGACCGUUCGCCGAGUGAUCCGUCGUCGUCGUGAUGUCAACGAGCUGCCCACCGCCGAAUACCUGCCCCCAGUUGAAGAAGCAUCCGAGUCCGUUGCUGUUGAGACUCCUCUGGCUGAUGAUGGCUACCGCUACAAGACCGUCCGUCGUGUGAUCCGUCGCCGUCGUGACGUGAACGAGCUCCCCACUGCUGAGUACCUGCCCCCUGUGGAGGAAGCCUCUGAGGCUGUUGCCGUCGAGACUCCUUUGGCCGAUGAUGGAUACCGUUACAAGACUGUCCGUCGUGUCAUCCGUCGUCGUCGUGAUGUCAAUGAGCUGCCCACCGCCGAGUACCUGCCCCCUGUGGGUGAGGCUUCCGAGGCUGUUGCUGUGGAGACGCCCCUGGCCGAUGAUGGCUACCGUUACAAGACCGUCCGUCGUGUCAUCCGUCGCCGUCGUGAUGUCAACGAGCUGUCCGCCGAGUACCUGCCCCCUGUGGAGGAGGCCGCUUCCGCCGUCAUCGAUGUGCCUGCAGAGCAGACGAUCCUGGCCAACGAUGGAUACCGCUACAAGACCGUCCGUCGCCUGAAGCUCCGUCGCCACUAAGCCGCCCGCCCAUCGCACACCCACCGCACAGCAUUUGAGAGUGUCAGGAAUGGGGUGUGGUGUCACCUGCCCCGAUGUCCUUCCUGCCGUUGAUAUCUCAUAAUGAAAAACUAACUACAAAUAAGUCGAGCGUAUUAGUCAAACUGAAGAAAACGAUUAUGAACAAUCCCCCGAGUACAAAACACACAAAACGAAUU